UCACAAAGCGCAGCGCUUCUCGCGUAUGCACAGUGGGCACCCGGCUGUAAAGCCGCAAGCUGUUACAGCUGGGUGCCCACACUGAAGAUGCCGGUGCCAGGGAGAGAAGACGGCCAGUGAAACCAGCGGUGGUGAGGACACCGCUGGACCAAGGGACAGGUGAGUGCUGACUUUUAUUUAUUUUUUUUUUCAGAUGGAACUCUGCUUUAAGAUCUUUAUUUUACCUCUCCAAACUGGAACUGAAAAGUUUUUUUU